GAAGACAACAACAACAUCACGCACAACAUCCGGUAUUGUGUCAUUAUUUUUUUUAUUAGAAAUAUCCGCAUUUCUAGGGCAAAUAAUGUAAGAAUGCCCCUCCACGGAGACUUACCUCUGGAUGAUAUUGAAGAUAUUGUCACUGGUGAGACAGAGACAGACAUACGAGCUGGGAACAAGAAACAUGUUGUACCUCGAGCCAGGAAACACAAGACACAAGAUAGAACAGAGCAGGUAGAUGCUGAUAGUAUUAUACCAGGAACACAGAAAAUAUUUGUGAAAACCUGGGGCUGUUCUCAUAACAAUUCCGAUUCCGAGUACAUGGCAGGACAACUAGCAGCAUUUGGAUACAAUAUUGUUGAUGACAAGAAGACGGCAGACCUGUGGUUGUUAAACAGUUGCACCGUGAAAAGUCCAGCAGAGGACCACUUUAGGAAUGAGAUCAAACUUGCUAAAGAACUGGAGAAGUAUAUAGUGAUAGCAGGAUGUGUACCACAGGGACAACCAAAGGGAGACUACAUGCAGGGCUUGAGUGUAGUUGGUGUACAGCAGAUUGACAGGGUCGUAGAGGUUGUAGAGGAAACAUUAAAAGGACAUAGUGUUAGAAUGUUGGGUCAAAAGAAGGAAUCUGGGAAGAAAGUGGGUGGAGCAUCGCUUAACCUGCCAAAAAUAAGGAAAAACCCACUCAUCGAAAUUAUAGCGAUCAAUACAGGUUGUUUGAACCAGUGUACGUACUGUAAAACAAAGCAUGCUCGAGGAGAACUAGGCAGUUAUCUUCCUGAGGAAAUUGUUGCAAGGGCAAAACAAUCGUUUGAAGAGGGUGUUGUAGAAAUAUGGUUGACUUCAGAAGAUCUUGGAGCCUAUGGUCACGACAUAGGCGUGACAUUACCUCAGUUACUAUGGCAGCUGGUUGAGGUGAUCCCUGAAGGGGCCAGAAUGAGGCUUGGGAUGACGAAUCCCCCAUAUAUUCUUGAACAUCUUCCUGAAAUAGCCAAAAUUUUAAAUCACCCCCGUGUAUACUCGUUCCUCCAUGUACCCGUACAGUCAGCAUCAGACAGUGUUUUAAUGGAUAUGAAAAGAGAAUAUUGUGAGGCAGACUUCAGACAUGUUGUAGACUUCCUGAAAGAACAUGUUCCAAAUGUUACUGUAGCAACAGAUUUGAUAUGUGGGUUUCCAACAGAAACAGAAGCAGAUUUUGAGGAAACAAUGCAGCUAGUCAGAGACUAUAAAUUCCCGAGUUUAUUUAUCAACCAGUUUUUCCCUCGCCCUGGAACACCAGCAGCAAAUAUGCCUCGGAUACCACCACCCGAGGUAAAGAAAAGAACAAAGAGGGUGUCUGAGCUGUUUCAAUCAUAUCACCCCUACACACACAAGCUUGGUGAGACACAAGAAGUCUUGGUCACAGAAAUAUCUCAUGACAAACAAUAUUAUGUAGGCCAUAACAAGUCUUAUGAUCAGGUGCUGGUUCCUAAAGAUGAGAAUUUGAUGGGGAAGUUAGUUACUGUGGAGAUUACGGAGACAGGCAAACAUUUUAUGAAAUGUAGACUAGUGAAAGAUGGAGAAGUGAAACGACCUGUAUCAGUGCCACCUCCACUACCUAAAGGUCAGGUCUCAGGAUUUAAACAGACUGAUGUCGUGAUUAACAGUAAAGGUAUCUGGUUCUUCGUGAUUUCCAUGAUUGUGAUGUUUAUAGCAGUGGUGUGGCGGGUGUACGGACUCGUUAAACAGUUUGUUACAUGAACUUGACAUCAUGGUGAUAGUGUGUGGACUGAAAAUAAAGCUUCUUGAUGGAAAUAUAAUCUGUGAUUGCCUCGAUGGAUAUGGGAAUAAUUUCAGAAAAAGCCAUAUUGCAUGCCAGAUUGGAGGUUCCUGUGUUUUCACCAGUACAGAAAUACAGGGCUCUUAUACCAUGGGACAUUAUGCAGGAUUUUCCAUGCAACUCAAAUGAAUUUAUGAAGGAAUGUGUGAAUUCAUAUGCAGAUUAAGGAAUAAAGUCCUCCAAAGAAACAAAUUUA